AUGACUGUCAUUCAGGGAAAAAUGUUGUUUGCUCAGCCCACGGGUGCCAGCUUUUCAUUCAACCACAAUAUCAAUAGUCAGUUGGCCAGACUCUCCAUUGUGGGAAACACAGUGCCCACUCCCAGCCCGGCUCUUAAGGAGAAGGCUUUGAGUGCCCUGGGUAACUUGAAUGUGAGUGCUGAAAGUCAAGCACAGAUUAAGAUGGACAUCAAUGAAGGGUGCCAGGAAACGGCGUCACGUUGCUGCAACUCACUUCUGCAGCAGGCCGGCUUAAAUUUGUUAAUAAGCAUGACAGUCAUUAAUAACGUGCUUGCCAAGUGCGUGUCAGACUUGAAGUUUCCUGUGAUAACAGGGGGAAGAGGAUGUGCUGAGGUUCAGCUUUUGAAACCGUGGAUGGGGUUGUCGCCAAAGCCAGUCAUGGCAGGGGAAGUGCUGGGCGCUCAAACCCUACUCUCAUUCCUGUCCCUCUUGGCCAGGACCGAAAGUACCGGGAUCCUCCCAGACACUCUGGUCUCUUAUGUGGCCAUCUCCAACAGAGUGGGCCCGAAUCCACUUGAACCCCCUUUGGUGAACGGGCACUUGAGUUCUCAUUCAAAUAUUCUGCGGUGGGUGUGACUGAAGAGCCAACACGAGCCAAUCAUGAGGUGAAAGUGAGGGUGGCUAAAUCCAGGCUGGCACUCUGAUUGGCCAAGCAGGGAUUCCCAUGGAGCUUUGUGUAACUUCUUGGUUUUGCAGUCUGUAGGCAAAGUGCGCUGUCUAUUAUGCCCUUGCAGCUUUCUUCCUGUGGGAAAGGCAUCAUUUUUUCAGGCAGCUGUGGUGAAAGAUCAUCCUAUUAGAGAGUCAUGAAGCAUGCCUUGCCUGUGGUGGUCUCAGCUGUCUAUGUUGGGCUACUUUAUGGAGACCAGACCCAUCGCGGAGCUUGUGUGGCAAAUGCAACUGUUGCUGUGUAGGUCAAAUCCCUGGUGACUCUUUCCACCAUGUGAGCUAAUGGAUGGUGACUCUAUUUAUC